AUGGCUUUUGAACUCGCCCCAACGACUGCGUCUCCACCCUCAGCUCUCUCACAGUUGUCUCCAUCAGAUCUGACGAAGACCAAAACUCCCUUGCCAUGUCAGAUGCUCCUCCUUUCGGCACUGCCAAACCCUCCCAAACCACCUGUAUCCCCCAGAUCUGCCGCCUUCUCAGCUAUUUUCAACCUUCGGCUUGCUCCUCCUCCCAAAAAAUCUCGUUUUAUCAACCACUGCUCUUGUUCUCGAUGUGUCUGA